AUGUAUAAAGUAAUAUGGAGGCAAUUCUCUGAAUUAAUUUGUGGAAUUGAAAAUGAAACAAAUGGACAGGCUAAAAUUAUAUCAUGGCAUGGUGAUAAUGAUCAUGACAAUGCUGCUGAUGAUGAUGGUAAUAGCUCCGCUGCUAAUGAUAAUAAUGAAUUAGAUGAAUUUCAGUUUCGACUGAAAAUAAGCCCCAAUAAAGGACCAUAUGCACACGCUGAAUAUGAAUUUGAAGUUUCAAUUCGUCUAGAAUCCUUUGGAGAAAGACCAGCUGUUCGUUGUAUGAGUCACAUAUAUCAUCCAAAUAUCCAAGAUUAUGAUUGCGAUGGAACUGUUUGUCUGAACUUAUUUGACAAAUGGAAUAUUGAAAUGGGCUUAAAAGCCAUCGUUGAUGGCUUAUUAUUUUUAUUCUAUGAACCGAAUGAAAAUGAUCCAAUCAACGAACACUUCAUUAUUCCACCGGGAUACACGUUUGAACAAGCAGUUAUUGAAUCUCUACAGGGAGGUAGUUAUUCUCACUACUCAGGUCCACCAAAUAAACCAUGGUGUACAUGGUAUGAUAAACAAUUAAAAGAUAAGCAAAAUUUAAUAGAAAAUCAAAAGGUAAGAGAUCAACAAUUAGAACAUUCAAGACAGAAUUAUAAUGAUUAA